UCCCAGAGUUCAAAUAAAACUCUUUCAUGGAAUAUUGAAUAUGUUGUGUGCUUUACACGUAAAAUUUGCAUUUAAUUUUGCUGUUUAAUGCCAAUUGUCCACGUUUACCAUCAAUGAACUACAUGUAGGCCUCUAUAUUGUAUAUGUUGUGCAAGGUGUCGGUCUCGGUCGUCUUGGUCUCGGUCUCGAACUGCAAAAGUCUCGGUCUUGAAGUUCUGGUCUCGGUCUUGAAAGAGCUUGUCUCAGUCUUGGUCUCAGUCUCGAAUGCCUCGGUCUCCGUCUCGGACAUAAAUGUCUCGACCACAACACUGGUGUGCGCUGCACUGCGACGAAUGCCUUGACCAAGGCUAUAUAUGACCAUGGCUGUUUUCCUUCCUCCAUGAUAUGACCAUGGGUUAUAAUGCUCUAUUCCGAGGAUCAGCUCCACUAUAUAUUGGGACAAAUAAGUCAAUGAUGUGAUUGAUAAUCUACCAGUUAGAUGAUGGCGAUUUCUUCAGGCAUUGUAUCUUGUAGAACUACAGUGCUACGUUGCCACCGAUACAUGUAUCAAGAGUAGUGCCAUUUGGGAGUGGUGUAUUUUGAACUACACUGUAAGCAACAUGUCCCUCAACAUUGUCCACUUGCUGGGGAACAGCCAAGCUUUUGACAUGAAGGAGCUUUUAAAUUUCAGUAUCGACUCAGCUUUGGAGUUACAUAGCAGUCUAAGCAACAGCCUGACAUUAGAGAAUACACAGAGUGGAGUAGAGCUCACAGCCUGUCAACAGCAGCUGUCUGAAGUCAUCCAGUUCUUACAGGAGUUGAUUCGAGUCAAUCCAGAAUGCAUCACUCCAUCAAAUCUCCUGCGGUUUUUGGAAAACGUGUGCUACACUGCCAUACAUGUACAUCAGUCUUACUUGCGAGGUCAGAGGUCAGGCAGUGAUGAUAUGUUGCAGUCAGUUUACAAACUCUUUGCUGCUAUAUUGCUGACCCCUUGCGAGUCAGGGUUCCAGGAAUUGAAAUUUAGAAUCCAACAAGAGUGUUUGGAGGGCCUACGCCAUUACAUUGAGGAACAGCGGUUGUUGGUAACUCUCCCAUCAGAAGAAAACGAGAAGGGCAUCCAGUCAUCGGUGCUUUCCAUGAGAGACAUUUCAGGGAUUUUAGAUUAUACUUUUAAUACAGCUGAAGCUUGGAACACUGAUCAACAACACACGCAUGUACAUGUGCAUAGAGAUGACUCUUGGCUUGAGGAUUGCUUUAAAUAUCUUGUAGAUGUCUUGGAGUUUAGUGAGGCAACUACGUGCUCACAUGUCUCUGGCAUCUUGCUUCCCAAGUUGCUUAACUUGUCCCAAGAUAAACUUGACACAAAUUUGUCCAUAAUCUGGGAUAGACUUCUAAAUAUUCACAAAACAUCAGCCAAAGUGAGGGCUGGACACACCUGUAAUGUUUAUAUUACUCUGUGUGGUUUGUCAGAGUUGUACAUUCCUCUAGUGUUAUCAUCCACCCCUGACCAUUCAUCUGUUCAGCAUUCUUUCACCUUGCAUGUAGAGGAGGCCUUUUGGAGAGUGAUUCAGGCAGGCCUUGUUCACACAGACUCUCUCACUCGUAAGCAGGCAUGUUUCUUGAUGAAGCGAGCCAUUGAGAGUGCAUCAGCAAACAAUCUCAAGAUUCCUGACUGUGCAUCACCCUCACCAGUGAAGAUCACACAUCAAGAACAGUUGACAGAACCUUGGAGCAGUUCAUUGGAAGGUGCUUACUUGUUUUGGUGGUCAUGUGAAUCACAGAAGAAGCUUUUAGCAAUGUGGGCAGAUUUCUUUCUGAUGUAUGAGACACUGGAUGAAGUUCAGGUUCAUGUUGUAACACCAGUGAUGUUGAAAAUGAGUUCUUUAAUACAAGCUGCGUCCACUCCACAUUUGGAUGGCAGACCUCUGUUGCAUUCCUCAUGGCUCACAGUUCUGUUCUCCCGCUGGUUUGUGCAUGAAACCAAAACUAUAUCACAGUGGGGUCUUGUGGAAUACCUAGGGCUCAACAUUACAUCCUGUCCUAUAUUGCAAGAAGGUGGAACAGAGUUCUUUUUCAGUAGUGUUCUGCCUGUGCUGAAUGAUAGCAGCCUGUAUGUCAACAAGACCCAAGGUGACCAUUCUCGGCCUCUUGUUGCAGAGGCAUUCACACAGUUCAUGCAGACAUGUGUCAAGAUUCUCACAGCACAACAAUGUGCAGAUUUCUUGCGGGAGUUGGUUGCAGCUGUUUGUCGUCAGUCCUGGACCCCUGUCAGUCUGACAUUUGUCGUAGAUGCCUUGACAAACCUCCCAGAAUGCAGUGCAUGGGGACCAACUGAACUGCAGCUACUGAGAGAAAUGCAGUUUUCCUGUGUCAACAUGCUGUCUGUCAGUUAUCGCCGUGUAGUGCAGUGUUUAAUGCUGCAAGCUGUGCUGAGGCUACUAGACAAAGACAGAACCUCUCUACAGCAGCUCUCUGUCCUCUUGACAGUCUUCAGUAAAUGCCUGUGCAGAGGUAGUCCUUUAUGGACACAGGUGUGUGAGUGGAUUACAGCUAGUCGGGAUACCCAGCUUUUUGGUUCAAAUGGUGAUAUGGUGGCUGCUGUAUGCUCCGAAGUAACUACCUUAUUGACCUUCGACCCGUCUGCAUUGUCAAAUGCUUCCAUAGAUCUGAGUGAUAUUGGAGAGCCUUCCAGAGUAGCGUGUCUGGUACUUCUUGUAGUAGAUGCUAAACACAUAAGCAGAGAAAGGUCUUCACGUACAAAUAAUGGGUCUCACCUACACGCCAUCUUAGCACCACUGGUCUCUGUCUUAGCUAGUAUUGGCAGUCACAUCUAUCUACCAGUCAUUAAGGCUGACACAGCUCUUCAGCUGCUUCAUAGUAUAUUGCUACAUCUUCAUCACCCAAGCACCAGUGGUGGCUCACCUGACACUGGUAAAGAUCAAGUACAGCAUGAAAUGUUCACCUUGCUGUUCCCAUGUUUGGAGGAAAUUUUUUCCUUCAUUACCAGACGGCUUCAGUCAUCUGACAUAGCAGAGUCAGCAGAUACCAGCAGGGUCUCACUGUACCUCAGUGUUCUGGAGUCUAUCCAUACCUUCUUAGAGAGAAGCUCAGUGUCUGCCCUCAUGGGAAAUGUUCUCAUCAGUGGACAGGCAAGACUGAUAGAGUGUUGCAAGCUUCUUGUGAUUCAAAGCACAGAGGGUAGAGAGAGCAAUGUGUUACAGAGCCACUUUCAAUCCUAUGCAGCAUGCUGUCUGCUUCUGUGGCUUGUACAGAUGACUAAGAGUAAAACUUUGCUCACAUUGCCUUGGGACACACUGUUACCAUUGGUAACCUUCGGGGAUGAUAUACCUACUCCCAUGGUAAUUAUCCCCGAUGCAGGUGCUACCAACAACCUGCGUAAGAUGUCCAACCUUAUUCUAUACACCAAGUGGAAGUGCAUGAGUGUAUUGCUUCAAGCUACUCUACCUUCCCCAAUUACUCAGCCAUAUGAAGCAAUUCUUGCUGCUUGUGUCCGGGAUCUUACCUUACUUAAAGGCACCGAUGCAGUGCCAUUAAUGAAGAGUGCCAAGGUGCUGAUUUACAAGAUCAGUCAAGAUGCCAGAUCCAUGUGUGUGGAGCUAGUGGAGGCAGCAUGGUCUGUGAUCCUGGAUGAAUGGAGACAGAAAGCGCAGAAAUUUUGGCUCAUUUAUGCAGCUGGUGUAGAACUUAUCUUCCAGCAGUGCUUCUUGGUUGCAGAGGAGGGAACAGAGAUGCAUGAUGCUCUUGACAAGGUCAUCAGCAGUAUCCUGACUCUGGGUGAAGGCAAACACAAGAUUCUCCUAAUCUUCGUCAAACAUCUGUGUAGUCAUUGGGCAAGUCAGUUUGACGGCAAAGAGAGCAGGAUACUAACUAUGAAGGCCAUCACUAAUCACAUGUCAUUACUUGUAGAGUUAUGUACUGUGAGCUCUAGAUUUAGCAAAGAUAUCAGGCAGCAGCAAGAUACCAGUGUGUUUUUGUCACAGCAGAGCCAUCUCCAGACUGUAAAGGAUGAUCUCAUUGCAUGUGCAGAACAAAGACCACGCCAGCGACGAGUUGUUCUGCUGAAUUUCUUAUUGAAGAUAGCAACAAGACAGUCACUUGAAUGUUGCCGACUCAUCACUGUCUUCUUGCAGGGGUUAUUGAAAAAGUUUCAUGAACUGAAGACAAGCACAAAACCAAGGGACAUGAUGAACAGCCAGCUACAUAGGCAGAACAUUGGACUGUGGCAGAUGUUGCUGGUUCUGGUACCAUACAUACUCAAGGACUGUGCUGGGCAGAUACUAGAAGAUGUGUUGUCGUCAGUCAUCAGAGAGAAGCAAUCCUCACUGAAGUAUCUUAUGAUAUGGGUGGCUACUCGGCUAUUGAUACUUGUACCUAGCUUGGAGGAACACAUAUGGAACCUCAUACAGAGUCCGAGAGACACUUCAGAAAUAAUGUCUGCCCAUUAGUCAUAUUGGUCGCUCAUCUUGGCAUGGCACAACCAGACAAGAAGCAUAAGGAGUGCUUCUACCAGCGAGCUUUCCCUGUCAUGUUACCAUGGGCUCUGGUUCAGACAUCCUCCAUUAGACAUCUUUCUCUGCUCUG